GUGAACUUGACAGCGGUUUUUCCUGCACCCCGUCCGCUUACUGCCACGUCGAGUUCCGUGAGGACCAGACCAGACCAGAUCCGGGUCUGGGUCGGUGUACUCUGUCCUGUAACUGAGCGGAGGAACGGACCCAGACUAACUUCACUGCAGCUGUUCCUGUAAGGACGGAGAGCGAGCUGUUCCAGACAUCAUGAGGCAGCUCAAAGGCAAACCCAAGAAAGAAACGUCCAAGGACAAGAAGGAGAGGAAGCAGGCCAUGCAGGAGGCACGGCAGCAGGUGGCCACUGUGGUCCUGCCUACACUGGCCGUGGUGGUCCUGCUCAUUGUGGUCUUUGUCUACGUGGCCACCAGGCCUGAUGCUAUCGAGUAGAAGUUACAGUUCUACUAAAUAGACAUGAACUCCCAAAGUGACUGAGUUUGACUGACUGACAGUAGCUAUACCCAAAGGAUUACCCCCGUCAUGUGACAGCCAUCCCUCUGCAGUGAGUGGCAGGCCGGUGACUGGCCACUGACUGGCCUACCCUCUGCCACAGUGUAUCUGUUUGCUUUCAGGACACAGAAGUCGUCCAGCUGAGCAAAGCUGCAGCUGCUCAUCAGUGCCUUCAGACAAAUGAAGAUGAGCUGUACAUUAUUAAUCUUGAUGUCAUACAAAAUGAUGCAAUAUCAGACAUACCAAAGAACUUGUGCACAGUCUGCCAAGUACAACCAGAGGUGUUUAAAAACAAAGUCUCAACAGGUGAAAGGUCAAAGGCAAUUCUCCUGUUGGGACUGGGUGCUUUUGUAAAUAUUUCCAUGAUUUGUAUGAGGUAGGAUCCAGAUUCUCCUGCCUUCAGCUGAAUGCAUCACUAAAAUAUCUUACUAAAAAUCACUGAAAAAAGUGCUGUCUCCAGUAUGUUCAAACACUCCUGAAUUUCAUCUUAAAUGUGAAUGUUUCCAUUAAGUUAUUGAUAACCAAACCUUUGAGUCAUUCGUGACAUCUGUGCAGAUGGAACAAGGUGCCUUAACAGAUUCACAAUAGUGUUAUCACGGUUCAGUAAAUGAUUUUUGAAAAAAUAAAGUUUGGUCAAUGUUUUAGAUUCCUGCA